UGUUGUACUUUUCCACCAGGGGAUGGGAUCGCCAGGGAAAGUAGUCCAUUUAUUAACAGUGCAGAGAUGGACAGAGGAAACAUGUAUGAAGGAAAGAAUAUGGCUCUCUUUGAGGAAGAAAUGGAUAGUAAUCCCAUGGUGUCAUCUCUUCUUAAUAAACUAGCGAACUACACUAAUCUGACUCAGGGUGUGGUGGAACAUGAAGCAGAUGAAGACAGCAAACGAAAGGAAGUCAAGGUUCCACGUAUGGGCACUUUCAUUGGUGUGUACCUGCCCUGCUUGCAAAACAUCUUGGGAGUCAUCCUUUUCCUACGUUUAACAUGGAUUGUGGGAACAGCUGGAGUUCUGGAGUCUUUCAUCAUUGUGUUCAUGUGUUGUGCUUGUACUAUGCUAACUGCAAUUUCAAUGAGUGCAAUAGCCACAAAUGGUGUAGUUCCAGCUGGAGGCUCUUACUACAUGAUUUCAAGAUCUUUAGGACCAGAGUUUGGUGGAGCAGUGGGACUUUGUUUCUACUUGGGUACAACCUUUGCAGGAGCAAUGUAUAUUCUUGGUACCAUUGAAAUUUUAUUGACCUACAUUUCUCCAAGUGCUGCUAUAUUUAAGGCACAAGAGGUUGGUGAAGAAACAGAGGCUAUGCUGAACAACAUGAGAGUUUAUGGAACGUGUAUUAUCAUUCUGAUGGCCAUAGUAGUUUUUGUGGGAGUAAAGUAUGUCAACAAACUUGCACUGGUCUUUCUUGCCUGUGUGAUUCUUUCCAUCAUUGCCAUAUAUGCUGGAGUUAUUAAGACUGCUUUUGACCCGCCUGACUUUCCUAUCUGUCUCCUUGGAAACCGUACAUUGUCAAAACGCAACUUUGAUGUCUGUGCCAAAUUUACUGAAAGCAAUAAUGAAACAAAGACUACAGCUUUGUGGAGCCAGUUCUGUGAUAGUCCUUUGCUUAAUGCUACAUGUGAUAACUACUUUAGUCUCAAUAAUGUAACAGAAAUUCAAGGGAUUCCAGGAAUAAUGAGUGGAGUUCUAGCUGAUAAUCUGUGGAGUACCUAUUCAGAAAAAGGAUCAAUAGUUGAGAAAAAAGAUCAGCCAUCAGUUGCUGGAUCAGAAGAGACAAAAAUGGGUGGACUUCCUUACGUUUUUACAGACAUCAUGACUUACUUCACAAUGCUUGUAGGGAUUUAUUUCCCAUCUGUGACAGGUAUUAUGGCAGGCUCAAACAGAUCUGGAGAUCUUAAGGAUGCUCAGAAAUCUAUUCCUACUGGAACAAUUUUGGCUAUUUCAACUACGUCUUUUAUUUAUCUCUCCUGUAUAGUGUUGUUUGGUGCCUGUAUAGAAGGUGUGAUAUUAAGAGAUAAGUUUGGAGAAGCAGUUAAUAGAAAUCUAGUGGUUGGUACACUGGCCUGGCCUUCUCCAUGGGUUAUUGUGAUUGGUUCAUUCUUUUCCACAUGUGGUGCUGGUCUCCAGAGUCUCACUGGUGCACCCCGUCUGUUGCAGGCCAUUGCAAGAGAUGGCAUUGUACCGUUUAUUCAAGUAUUUGGUCAUGGAAAAGCAAACGGAGAACCAACUUGGGCUCUGCUCCUCACUGCUGGUAUUUGUGAAAUAGGAAUUUUGAUAGCCUCAUUGGACAGCGUAGCACCUAUUCUUUCAAUGUUUUUCCUUAUGUGCUAUAUGUUUGUAAACUUGGCUUGUGCAGUUCAAACACUUUUACGGACUCCCAACUGGAGACCUCGUUUCAAGUAUUACCAUUGGUAG